AUGGUGCUGUGCCCGGUGAUCGGGAAGCUGCAGCACAAGCGCGUGGUGUUGGCCAGCGCCUCCCCGCGCCGCCAGGAGAUCCUCAGCAACGCGGGCCUCAGGUUCGAGGUGGUCCCUUCCAGGUUCAAGGAGACACUGCAUAAGGCCUCAUUUGCUACUCCGUACGCAUACGCGGUGGAAACGGCCAGGCAGAAGGCCCUGGAGGUGGCCGGCAGGAUGCACCAGAAGGACCUGCGGGCCCCUGACGUUGUCAUUGGAGCAGACACCAUCGUGGCGGUGGGAGCCAUGAUCCUGGAGAAGCCUGUGGACAAGCAGGAUGCCUACCGCAUGCUGUCAAGGCUGAACGGGAAGGAGCACAGUGUGUUCACGGGAGUGGCCAUCGUCCACUGCUGCAGCAAAGACGGCCGGCUGGACACGGAGGUCUCGGAGUUCUAUGAGGAGACCACGGUGAAGUUCUCAGAGCUGUCAGAGGAGCUGCUGUGGGAGUACAUCAACAGCGGAGAGCCCAUGGACAAGGCUGGCGGCUACGGGAUCCAGGCGCUGGGCGGGAUGCUGGUGGAGGGCGUGCACGGGGACGUCCUCAAUGUCGUGGGCUUCCCCCUGAACCACUUCUGCAAGGAGCUGGCUCGGCUGUACCGCCCGCCCCGCCCCGCGGACCUGCGGCGGGACACGCACGACUCCGUCCCCACCGUCCGCACCUUCGGGAACCUGAGCGACUCAGAAGCAGGUGGCUCGGACCCAGGUCAGAGCGCCAGGGGCGGCCAUGCUGGCGAGCAGGCGGACGGAGACCGGGCACAGGCUCCGGGCGCGCUGGAUGCAGGCCUUAACGCGGCGGACAGCCGGCCCCCGCUCCCCACGGGCCUCCUGGAGCUGAUGGACGGCUUCAAAGCAUCCAAGGUCCUGUUCACGGCUUGCAAGCUCAGACUAUUUGAUGUGCUAAACGACCAAGGGCCCCUGCAGGCUGUGGAUGUUGCCCGCAAACUCAGCGCCUGCGCGGGCAGGACUGAGCAGCUGCUGGAUGUGUGCACGGCCCUGGGUUUACUGCAGAAGACGUGCAGAGGUUACCGCAACACAGAGGUGGCGACCCUGCACCUAGUGUCAGACGGCGAACACUCUCUCCAGGGCCUGGCCGAGUACAAUGACGCCCACGUCUGGGGCGUCUUCACACGCCUGGGCCUGGCCGUGCGGGAGGGGCCAGACCAGACCCGCGGGGCUCUGGGGGCGAUGGAGGAGGAACGCCUAUCCCAGGUACUACCCUGCUUCCACCACCAGAGCAGGGAGAUGACGCUGCAGUUCAUGAGGGCCAAGCACAGCCUCAGCAAGCUGACCGCCCACCACGUGGCCACGGCUUUCGACCUGUCCCGAUUCACCUCUGCUUGCGACCUGGGAGGCUGCACGGGCAUCCUGGCCCGCGAGCUCGCCCAGGAGUACCCGCAUCUGCAGGUGACUGUGUUUGACCUCCCAGAGGUCAUUGAGCUCUCUGGGGGCUUUCAGCGUGGCGGACGACAGACAGAGCGGAUCUGCUUUGUGCCAGGUGACUUUUUCAAAGACAGCCUCCCGGAAGCAGAUCUGUACGUCCUUUCCAGAAUUCUGCAGGACUGGCCAGAUGACAAACUCCACAAGCUACUGAGCCGGAUCUCAAGCAGCUGCAAACCAGGCGGUGGCCUCCUGGUGGCGGAAGCGGCGGCGGCGGAGGAGGGGGCGGCGCGGGGCCCCCGGCUGCGGACCCUGAGCGCCGGGCAGCCCCGGAGCCCCGACGAGAACCGGCGCCUCCUGCAGCGACACGGCUUUCGGGACGUGCGGGUGGCGCGCGCGGGGGACCUGCUGCACGUGGUCCUGGGCACCCGAGCUGCGCCCUGA